ACAAAAUUGAAAUUGUUGAGUAAGGCUUUCUCUUGGCUGAAUAAGGAGUAUUGGUUUAGAGAAUUGCGUUGGUAAUAAAGAAGACAAGUUGGUUAAACUGCAAGUGCUGACUGGUGAGUAGGAAAUGAGCGAAGAUUUUGAUUUUAGUGACGCGGAGGAUUCUGCACCGGAAUCAGACACAUGGGAUGAAACAUUUUCUAAACUUAUAAGUACUAGUUUGGAUAUGUUGACUGAACAAACAAGUGAAAAUUCCUUUACCUGUGAUGUAUGUAAAGCGAAAUUUUCGUCGCAACAAGCCUUGACCGUUCAUCUCAAGUCACACGCAGAAUCAGCUCAGUGUACUGAUAACGUGUGCUUCGAAUGUGAUGUUUGUAUGAAGGUAUUCUCCACCUCAAGCGAAUUGCAAGGUCACAAGAAGAACCACACCACCGAGUUCCAAUGUACUGUUUGUAAAGAGUCUUUUUCUUCACAAGAUAGCUUAGAUGCCCACAUGAAAAACCAAUGUAAAGGUAGCAAUUCUUUCAAGUGUUCUACAUGUGGGAAGAGUUUCUCUAGGGCAUGUGACUUAAAAAUUCACACAACUAAAGCACAUGCUGGUGAAGGAAGCCAUCAAUGUGAUAUUUGUGAGAAAAAAUUUUUGUCGCCAACUAAUUUGGUGCAACACAAAAAGGUGCAUACCCGACCACACAAAUGUGAUAUUUGUCAAAAGGGCUUUGCUAGAUCAAAGGAUUUAAAAACUCAUAAAAACACACAUUCCAAGAAAAAGCAAUUCAAGUGUAAAGGGUGUAACGAACAUUUUGUCUCGCAAGAUAUGCUACGUUCCCAUUGCAUUAAUAAACCUGAAUGUAAAGAUAAAUCUUUGAAAUGUGUUGCAUGUGAGGUGAUAUUUUCUACAUUUGAUGAAUUGGACAGCCAUAUGAAGGCACAUGAAACUAAUCGUGACAGAUGCUAUCAAUGUGAUUUGUGCAAAAAAUCAUUUUUCAAACCCAGCCAUUUGGUUUCACACAAGAAAGUACAUUCAGGAGUCCGCCCUUAUAAAUGUGGUGUUUGUGAAAAAGGAUUUUCUCGAUCAAAUGAUUUGAUGUAUCAUCUAAGAGUUCACUCUGGAGACAAGCCUUUUAAAUGUGAUAAUGAUGGCUGUGAUGCAGCAUUUUACCGGGCAAGUGAUUUAAAAUAUCAUAAAAACAUGCAUUCUGAUAACAAUCCAAACACAUGUGACAUUUGUCAAAAAACGUUUCCCAGAGCACAAGAUCUAGUCGUUCAUAAGAGGAAGCACACUGGAGAAAAACCUUAUAAAUGUGAUAUUUGUCAGACAGGAUUUGGACGUCGCAGUGACAUGAAAUAUCACAAAGCAACCCAGCAUGCUGACCCAAAUCAAGAAAAAUCUCAUAAAUGCGAUCUCUGCGACAAAGCAUAUAUUACUGCUAAGAUUCUUGCACAUCACAAAAAAACACAUGGUGUAGAUAAACCUUACGGUUGUGAUGCAUGUGAUAAGACAUUCCUGACACCAAGCCGUCUUGCUGCUCAUAAACGAACACAUACCGGGGAAAAACCACACCAAUGUGACGUAUGUCAAAAAGCAUUUGGAAGGUCACAUGACUUGCUUAUUCACAAACGCAUGCAUACAGGAGAAAGACCUUAUCAAUGUGACACAUGUAACAAGGCCUUUUCCAAGUCAACUCAGUUGAUGUAUCAUAAAAGAUUGCAUACUGGUGAAAACCUGCAUGAAUGUGAUGUAUGUGGAAAGAAGUUUUACAAACCUGGUCUUUUGAGGUCACAUAAGACAAUACACACUGGAGAAAAGCCCCACAAAUGUGACAUCUGUAACAAGGGAUUCUUAAGAGCACAUGAUUUAGUUCAUCAUAAACGUACCCAUACUGGAGAACGACCUUAUCAAUGUGAUGUUUGUAACAAAGCAUUUAUCAAGUCAACCAUGCUAAUGUACCAUAAACGAACACAUACUGGGGACAACCCUCACAAAUGUGAUAUUUGUGAGAAGGUAUUUACGAUUCCAUCAAACUUAGCUGCACAUAAAAGAAUGCACAAUAAUGAAAAGCCUUUUGAGUGUGACAUUUGCAAAAAGACUUUUUUUAAAAGAUGGGACAUGAAUUUCCACAAAAGAUCACAUCUGAAAGUUAAGCCCCACCAAUGUGAUUCCUGUGAAAAAUCAUUUUCAAAAGCAAGUGACUUAAUGUACCACACACGUACACACACUGGAAUACGACCACACAAAUGUGAUCUUUGUGAAAAGGCUUUCACCAAACCUUCCCAACUUGUAAGUCAUAAACGAACACAUACUGGGGAGAAACCUCAUCAGUGUGAUAUUUGUGAGAAACGAUUUUUAAGGUCAAAUGAUUUGAAAUACCAUAAGAAGACUCAUUCUGUUGAAAGACCAUACAGUUGUGAAACAUGUCGAAAAGGUUUUCGUGAUCAGAAAUCAUUGCUGCGUCAUACAAAGAGAAUGCAUCAAAGUAAUAAAGUCAAAGAGUACAGAUGUUCAACAUGUGAAAAAGAGUUUCCUAGUGCUGGUGAGUUGCGGCUUCAUGGAAAAGUUCACAAGAAUGACAAGCGGUAUAAAUGUGAUCAGUGUGACAAGGCUUAUACCAGAACUAGUGAUUUAACAAUUCAUAAAAGAUCGCAUACUGGAGAAAGGCCUUUUAAAUGUGAUCUCUGUGAGAAAGCAUUCCCAAAAGCAAGUAACCUUGUCGAGCAUAAGAAAAUACAUUCUGCCCUAAAAUUUGAGUGCAACGUUUGCAACAAGAAGUUCCGUUUUGCCAAAACCAUGAAAAAGCACAAGUGUAAGAAUGCUAAUAGUGAGUUAGGAACUUGCAGUGAUCCAACUGAAAUCCAAUUUGUUUGUUCUCAAUGUGGGAGCAGUUUUGACUCAAACAAGAAAUUGGACAAUCACAUGAAAAAGUUUCAUCCCUGACAUUAACAUAAUACAAGGGGUACUGUAUAUAGUAGUUACAAUAUUGUUCAGUUAUUCAGUGAUAUACUCUAAUACCAGUGGUGUAGCCACUGGGGGAAAUGCACAGAAACAUAUGAAUGAGUGUAGAAGUUUGGAGUUCUGUUCUCACUUCAUCUAAAAAUAUAUAACUUAAAUUGCCUUCUUUUAGGCUGUGGGCCGUUGGCUAAACUUAUUUCGCUUUGUGGCAACUCCCUGGGGAAUAGAUUUUCUGUGGUUCAAUGCAUAGUACCAUAGAUGCUCAAUUACCACAAAAAGUUCCCAAGCAAAAAAAACUUGCCAAGCACUGAGAAAAUCGGUGAUCAAUGAUUAUUCUCUAUUAAAAUGUACUACAGCAAGAAAACGUGAAAUUUUGUAUUCAAUUACAACAAAAAUGACUUGCAUCAUCAGAAAGCCUAGGUUCAAUUCAUAGUACCAUAGAUGCUCAAUUACCACAAAAAGUUCCCAAGCAAAAAACUUGCCAAACAACGAGAAAACGGGUGAUCAGUGAUUAUCCUCUAUUAUAUUGUAUUACAGCAAAAAAAUGUGACAUUUUGUAUUCAAUUACUUGCAUCACCAGAAAGCUUACAAAAAUCUACAUAUAAGACAUUUAAACAGUUUUUUUUAUAUCUCAAAUUGUUUUCGAGUUCUACGCUGUCAAAAACGCGUUUUUGACCUAGUACUCAGUGAUUAUUGUGAAAUUUUGGUCCAAUUUUCACAUUUAAAACAGCAAUAACUCAAAGACUAUUUGAAUGAUCAAAAAAAAUCUUAUAUGCGGUUUUUCGUACAGAAAAUCUAUUCCCCAGGGGGUUGUCACGAAAUUGCUUUUCUAAGCACUUUUUCGCACAACGGCCCACGGCCUAUUUGGGAACUAGGCGUGAGGGUUUUCUUGAGAACUGGUCUUAUUAGUAAAAUCUGUCAAAAAGACCACAAAUUUUACGUCUGACUAAAUCAAGGAACACGUUAGAAUGAGAUUUGUUUUAUUUUCCUCGAAAAAUAAGAAAGAAAGAAAUGGUUUGGGUGCCCGUUCUUUCAUAAUACCGACAGUUAUCCGAGUACUCUCCGAAGGAUACGCGAAGGCGAUUUACUUCCUAACCUCAAUUAUUUUUAUCAUCUCAUUCUUAAAGGGAAAUGGAAAUAUAAAUUUUUAUUUUCUCGUUUGAAAGAACUUUUAACAUAUUAAUUUAUUUAACCAUAUUAACUUUUUUUACGUUUUAACUUAUUUUACCUAUUUUUCAUAUCUUGCAUAGUUCCUGAAAUGUUUUCACUUGAAGCAUACUUAAUAGAGGAGAUGUACGCCAUCUUGAAUAAAUUUUUGAUCUCAUUAACGGUAGUUUUGGUGACGUCACAACAGUGAUUAACCAUAUAAAAGUAUUCGUUGCUGACCAAAUAUUGAUUGGUAGAUGUUUUAAGGUUUUGAGUAUAGAGUGCAAAAUGGUUAGUGGUUGUCAAGAUAAAAAUAUUGCGUGACGGCCAAGUGAGUAGCAGGCAACGGGCGGGAUUCGGGCGGGGGCGGGUUGAGAACGGGAUUCGGGCGGUUGCGGGUUGAGAAAUGAAAUUUCUCUCAACCCGAAUCCCGCCCUUUACUACUUACUUGACCAGCCAAAAAAGCCUCUGCGGAGGAGAGUGUUGCGUGACCCCUGUUGUGACGUUCAUGUAUAUCUACAAAAAUUGAAGAUGGCGGCCAUUUCGUCAUUUCAUUCCUUUCGAUCGAACUAUUUGUAGAAGUAACUUUAGGGCAUGUUACAUGGUGCAAUUUUUCUUGCAACGUGCAAUGCAAUUCUACUCUUGAGAGAUGUUAAUUAGUGAAAUCAGUGAAGAAUUUUCGAUAUGUUGAGAAAACGUCAGCGGAGUGUAAUGAAGACUCGUAUUUGGCAAUUUUACAUCUCUCAAGAGUAGAAUUGCAUUGCAAGUUGCAAGAAAAAUUGCACCGUGUAUGUACACAAUUGAACACAAAAAUUGUACACAAGAUAUGAUAAAACGGUAAAAGCGUUUUUAUAUAGUCCUAAAAGUUUCUUCAAAUUAAAAGAGAAAAUAAAAAAAUAUAUUGCCAUUUCCUUUAAGAACUUCUGAAAUGAUAUAAUAACUUAUUUUGAAGAUUUUCGUUUGCUCAUGUUGUUUCUGAAAUAUUUCAGUAGAAGCUUGUAUAUCGUAUUCACCAUAGUAUUGAGUUUAAUUCAUUAGAAUAAAGUUUGGAGUUGUAGGAGGAUUACAUACAUAUGUAAUACACAUUUUAAUAGCC